AUGCAUCGGCAAGUAAUUCGAUCGCUGAGCGUUGAAGAAACUUUUGAACAGCCUCAAGCCGUCUAUUCGGCUCGGGUUGUCGAAGUAGAAGAAUUGGAUGACGAGGAUUGGGAGGAAUAUAUUCCAAAAGAAAAGCACGAAGAAACACGAAGAAGUUUUGUCAGCAGGAGGCCUCAGAAAGCGCCGGAAACGAAGACAACUCCACUUCGUCGAUCAAAGCGGCAUCAGGAAAAGCAUAGGGCAAGCAUUGCCAGCAAAGGCUCUGGCGAUGAAGACGAGGCAAAUUCAUCGGAUCAGGUCUUCAACCUGGGAAAUUACUUCUCAACAAACGAACAUGAGCGAUCACAACAAGCGUUCUUCAUCUUCGAGUGGGAAAGAUCGUUCGGAUCAAUUAUGAAAGAGAGUUGGAGAUUAUUGGCGCAGCAGAAGAAAUCGAGCAUU